CAACUAGUUGGCAACUACCCACUUAACCACCCUGUACUUAACCUAAGUCAUAAAGUGAGGUUAGGGUUCUGUGUUGACAAAUGGAAAAAUUGUUUAUUUUUGUGUUUUAACGUCAUUUAUAGAAAAACAAGGGAGUUUUUAAGGUUCCAAAAUAAUAAACAAAUCAUGAAGGGAAACAUGGCCAAAAUACUACGAAAAUUUUCCACAACAACUGUCGAUCCGGGCGAAAUAAAACGAUUCUCGCAAUUUAACGAGCAAUGGUGGGACAAAUUCGGACCAAUGAGACCGCUUCAUUCGAUGAACAAACUGCGCGUGCCCAUGAUCAGGGAAGGCCUUGCGAACACAGGCUCUUUAACAAGUGACAACCGUCAAAACCUUAAACCUCUUGCAGGACUAAGCUUGCUUGACGUAGGUUGCGGAGGCGGUAUACUAUCCGAACCGCUAGCGAGGUUAGGUGGUUGCAUAACCGGGUUGGACGCCAACGAGAGCAUUAUUGAUCACGCGCAGAAGCAUUCUAUGAAGCAGGGGUUGAAUAUAAGUUAUUCUGCUGGGUGUAUAGAAGAUUUUGCCAAAAAUAACAAAGAAAAAUUUGAUGCUAUCGUUGCCUCUGAGAUUAUAGAGCAUGUUACCCAGAAAGAGGAGUUUUUAAAGGCUUGUUUGGAGUGCUUAAAACCUAACGGUUCGAUUUUUAUAACGACUAUUAAUAAAACAACCCCUGCUAAUUUCGUGGCGAUUUUUUUGGCUGAGGAUGUGGUUCAAUUGGUGCCCAAAGGUACACAUGAGUUCGAGAAGUUCAUAGAGCCGCAUAAAUUGCAAAGGAUUUUAGAGGAUUGUAAGGAUAAUCUGUAUACAGAUGGGUAAAAAACUCGGGGGUUGAUUCAUAAAAUAAUAUUUUAAAAAAAUAUAUAGGAAAUUUCACGCCAAACGGGCAACUUUAAAAGAAAAGUUGUUAAUUUUUUUUUACAUUUGGGUUUGCUAUACCCCCAGGGG